AUGCCUCUCCCUGCAGCGCUCACUACUACUGACGAGACCACAAUACUCCUUGGUCUCAUUGCUGCCACUAUCUUCCUUCUCAACAACCUUUAUAAACCACAACCACUCGUUCAUCCCAUUCUCCUUGGACGCCAAAGUGAUGUUGCUCGCGUCAGGAAUCCUGGUGAAAGUGCAAUCUAUAGAAACUACGGUACCGGUCUGAUGGGCAGAUUUCCGCUGAGGCCAGCUAAGGACGUCCAUAUCCUUGCGGACAUGUUAAAACCAGACUCUGAUGCCCCUCGUAUGCUUUGGUCUACAAGGAUUUCGAACCCGCAACUGCAAGACCGUAUUGCCGCGUUUGGCACAGGACUUUUGCGUCUUGCAGGUUUAGAAGUUGGAGAGUCGAAUGUACUCCUGCUGUUGAACGACUCUAUCGAGUUUAUUAUUGCUGACCUGGCUCUUGCAUCGCAUUCAAUCCCUUCCUUCACGCUCAGCGCAUCCAACCUCCUCUCCCCGGUUCUUGAAUCCCAUCCUCCAUCGGCCAUUAUAACCCACAGCUUUAUGUUGUCCCAGGUGCUCGAACUCAUUUACGAUGCUGGUGAAACAAACCGUAAUCACACCAUUAUCGUUGUCGGUGAGCCCAGCGCCCAGGCGAUGGCUACGGUUGCCAGUCGCGUCAAAGUUCUCAAAUGGGCAGACGUUGAACGAGAGGGCGUCAGGGUGGAAAAGAUUAUCAGCCCACUCCCAAAGCCCAGCGAUGUUUUUACUCUAUCAUUCUUCUCAACGGAGUCCGGUCAGAUCCAAAGCGCGCAGUUAACACACGAAAAUUUCACGGCUGGAGUCGCUGCUGUUCGCGCUUUACUGCCACUUUCACACGCGUUUUCACAGCUCGACACCGUCGUUUCCGCUCACUCUCUGGGAAGUGCAUAUGGAAGAGCUAUUGCUUAUACUGCCCUCUUUGAGGGCACAAGCUUUGCAACCCUAGAUGGCUCCAAACUCUUCCAUGACGGUGAACAUACCUCUCGGAUCGACUUAACCGAUGCACUGUCCGCCAAUGCCUAUCCAAUCCCCCCAACAACUUUGGCAUUUGUCAAGCCAGGACAUCUCCAAACUUUGGGAGAUGCUAUCUUGAAGCAAGCGCGCAAAUCGUUCUUCUUAUUCCCACUCGCGUGGCGUCAUAAGUUGGCGGGAAUCGCUGACGGGUAUGUCACGAAAGAGAGUCUGUGGGAUCGAUUGGUGCUGGACGCGGCCCGUGCUCAUGUUGCAGGUGACGGUUCAGCUGCGUUGAGAGCCGUGAUCGUUAGCGAAGGUUCAAUUCCUGGGGAAAUCUUGACACCAUCUCGAGCUGCAUUAUCGGUACCUGUGAUUAACUGUUUCUCUCACCCGUUGGUCGCUGGGCCAGUGCUAGCUUCGCAUGCACUUGACCUUCAGGAUCUGGGAACAAAGACAGCUCAUAGCGGGCCGCCGAGCAUUAACAUAGAGGCGAAAUUGGUUGGAGUAGAAGAUGACGUGGUUGAACAGGGAGGUGACCCAACGGGAGUUCUGAUGGUGCGCGGACCACCUGUUGGCAAGUUAGCGAGCAUGGAAGCGAGUUAUGUCUCGAUUCCUGGCUCGUCAGAUGAAGAAGAGUGGAUUGGGACUGGCGUAAGGGCGACAGUACUACCCAAUGGGGCGUUUGUAGUGAAUUGA